GGGGGGUGAGAUCAGAGAGGCGCCAUGAAGACGCGGCCCACGGGUAUCGGUGCCUCGAACGCCAACUGGAUGAGCUCACUCUCCCCCGAGCUCACAGCUAUGCCCCUGAAGCACCUUGCAGUGCCCGGGUCCCAUGACUCGUUUAGUUUCUGGGUAGAUGUGAAGGCCCCGGUGGGCCCUGACCAGAAGGCCAUAGUCAAAUACCUGGCCACAGCCUUCCGUUUCGUUUCCAAGAAAGUCAUGAAGAAGUGGUCCAUGACACAGAACCUGACGUUUAAGGAGCAGCUGGAUGCAGGGAUUCGUUACUUUGACCUGCGUGUGUCAUCCAAACCUGGAGAGUCUGGUACUGAGAUCUACUUCAUCCAUGGCCUGUUUGGACACAAGGUGCGUGACGGUCUGUCGGACAUUAACUCUUUCCUGGACGCCCAUGGUAAGGAGAUGGUGUUCCUGGACUUUAACCAUCACUACGCCAUGGGGAUGGAGCAUCACACCUACCUCAUCAACAUGCUCCAGGAAGUGUUCGGACCUAAACUCUGCAAGAUCGGCGUUGUUGAGGAGAUCACUCUGGACUAUCUCUGGGAGAACAAGUACCAGGUCAUAGUAUUCUACCACCACCCGUCAGCUGAGAGCUGUCCAUUGAUAUGGCCGGGCAACAAGUGUCCAGCUCCUUGGGCUAACACUACAGACACCACCAAACUCUUUCAGUUCCUGGAGACAACACUAGGUGAGAGGGCUAAGAUGGGGUCCUUCCACGUGACUCAGGCCAUCCUCACCCCCAGAGUCAAGACCAUUGUCAAGGGCCUGGUCAAGGGGCUACGCAACUACCUAGUUGAGAGGAACCUUCCCAUCAUAUUAACGUGGGUCGAGACCCAGAAACCCGGUGUUGACGGGAUUAACAUCAUCACCUCUGACUUUGUGGAACUGACUGACUUCGCCAACACAGUCAUCAACCUCAACAACCUCCUGCUCAACUAACAGGACCGCAAGAAAACCUGACUAACGCCACCAUAGAGUCAGAAUGAGUAGACUGGAUAUGAGUCGAAAAGAAACCCACUUGGAUCUUUUCACGGUCCCGUUCUACCCAUCAUGGCAGCUGCAUCACUGAUCACAUGACCAGACAAUCAGGGACACGUGAUAAUGGGACACUCAGACAUACAUCACGUGACUAUCUCAUGCACUUAAAGCUCACAUGACCGGUAUUGACUGAUCAUGGUCAAGAAAAUGACCACAGAGAUUCACAUAUUGCGCUUAGAAGUAUAGCAAUGUACAAGGGCUGAGACUGCUUAAACACACACACACACAGAUUUAACACUUUCAAUGGUAGCAGUUUACAGCUGUGUGUGACAUGCAGUUAUUAUGAUAACACAUUCAAGAUAGAUCAUAGCAAAGUUAUCUUGAUUUGUAACUAGCAAUGAAAGUCUGGCUACAGCCACUCACACACAGCUGUCUGGAUGUGCGUGUGCGUGUGCGUGCGCGUGUGUGUGUGGCUUGUGGCAGUCCACUGAUUAUCACACUGACAGAGAAAAACUCCCAGACUAACUGUACAUUUCUGUGGUCCUCCUGGAGGGGAAUGAUGGGAAGGAGAGAGGAGGAGAAGAGAGGUGGAGACCCAGACAAGGGCAGACAGAAUGGGGAAGAGCGAUAGAGAGGCACUAAAAGAAAGAAUAAGAAUCAAGGAGGAAAGAAAAUGUGUGUGUGAGAGAAAAAGAGAGAGAGAGAAAUAGAGAGAGAGAUUGUAUCAGCACAGCUGCUGUCUGCAGGCAGUGAGGAUCUCAUUUUAUUCUCCCUUAUUGGGAAAGAUGUUUUCAUUUUAGCUCCCUCCCUUUUUCAAAUCAAAUCAAAUUGUAUUAGUCACAUGCGCCGAAUACAACAAUACACCUUACAGUGAAAUGCUUACUUACAAGCCUCUAACCAGCAGUGCAGUUUAAAAAAAUACAGAUAAGAAUAAGAGAUAAAAGUAACAAAUAAUUGAAGAGCAGCAGUAAAAAUAACAAUGUAUACAGGGGGGCACCGGUUAGUUGAGGUAGUAUGUACAUGUAGGUAGAGUUAAUUAAAGUGACUGUGCAUCGAUGACAACAGAGAGUGGCAGUGGUGUGUGUAUGCAAAUAGUCUGGGUAGCCAUUUGACUAGAUGUUCCUUCCCUUUUUCUCAACUGGUGUGUGUGUGUGUGUGUGUGUGUGUGUGUGUGUGUGUGUGUGUGUGUGUGUGUCUCAGGCCAGACCGCAUUGUUGACGCUCUUGCUCUCAGUAUCACACACACACACACACACACACACACACACACACGGUAACACACAAAGGGACACUAAUUGUAGAGUCAUUACACAUACCACAGAGGCUUGUGGGAGUGGAGCGUCUCAAAUGGACGAAGAAAGACAGACGCGUUCCUCUGUUAUUUGUUUGUUCUGGUUUCUCUCUCUCUCUCUCUCUCUCUCUCUCUCUCUCUCUCUCUCUCUCUCUCUCUCUCUCUCUCUCUCUCUCUCUCUCUCUCUCUCUCUCUCUCUCUCUCUCUCUCUCUCUCUCUCUCUCUCUCUCUCUCUCUCUCUCUCUCUCUCUCUCUUCCUCUCUCUCUCUCUCUCUGGUCCCGAUGAUCCCAGUCAGUUCCCUAGGUCUCCAGGGAGAGUCAGGGUUUCUCGACACCAACGGGACCCUCGCUUCAGUGGGUACAAGAGCAUUCUGACGUAGGGCCUGGGUAGUAGGUUAUGGAUGUCAGGGCAGGCGAUGAUAAUCACAUCCCGAUCAGGGGACUCCGGGCCUAACUCUGUGUGUCAGUAUUUAUUUAACUCAUUAUGAGAGGUGUCAAAUGUAAUAGCCUAGUAUGAUGCUGUGACUGUGUGUAGAGAAGAGAUAAUGGAGGGAGGGAGAGAUAUUGAGAUGGAACUGGUUAAAUGCAGCUUGGAAUCACACCAAACCACACAGAACCUACCCAAACCACUCUGGAUUGUACACACUCUAACCCUCUGGAGCAGUAUGCAGUUGUCCCAGACACUGAUCUGUGGUGAGUUGAACUGUUUCCCCUCUAAUAGAUCAAGUUAGGAGUUAGGAGAGGAUAAGCUGAUUCUAGAUCUUUGCCUAAGGAUAACUACUGCAGAGCCCGCUCAUUGGGCUUCUCUCUGACUGACAGUUUGUUACAGACUUCACUCAACAAUCUUUAGCCGAAAUGUGUUUCCUAACCUAAACACUGAGAUUUGUCUGAAUAACGUGUUUUUCUAGAAUUACAAGGCAACGAGCCCCUGAUUCCGAGCGGCAUCCCCUGUCAUAACAGCUAUGUUGUGGAGUGCCCACCCUCCCUGCCCCUCCACGGAAAUUCACUGUAGAAUGCUGUCCAACAUUCCAUGGCCAUCUCUCUGCCGCCAGGGUCUGUGUUUCCCUACGAUGAUGUCAUUGUGAAAGUUCAGUCCCUCAGAUGGGAGGAGGCCCCCAUGGAGAACUCAAACACUGGCCGAACUUUGCUAUACCUACCAAAGAAUGGACAAUAAUUAUUAAGCAACAUAUUUUAUAGAGCUAUUUGUUUUUUUAACUUUACGCAGCCGUUAUCAAAAAGCCACCCGGACUACAGGAACUCAAUUGUAUGUUUAUUGUUCAAUGACAAGUAGGAUGACUUGGUAGUUAAGGCUGGACAACUAGGUUAUGCAAAGUCUGUUGAUUUCUGGUAGAGUAUACCUAAAUCAGGGCUGGCUCUAGGCAUACGCGGUCGCUUAGGGCCCCUGGUUGAUAGGGUGCACCC